CAUCCCUCUGGGGGACCCAAACGCCUGCAAACCCAAGCAAUCUAGUGUCUGCAGACUCCCUCUCCCGUUCGCUGCCUGACCUUCUCUCCCCACUCGCCAUUGCACGACUGCAAGACUCAUCGAGCCUGGACCCUUGUAUCGUCAUCAGCGCGUACCCUUGAGUGGGCGACACCAUGUCCUCGAACCCGCCGCCCGUUGCCUCAUCCUCCAAAGCCAACGUUUCUUCCGGACCCGCGUCGCCUGCCCAAAAUCAGCCGCCUUCAAUCUCCACCAGCAGCUUCUUUGGCCAGCCGCGGGGUACUUUGGGAACGGGGCCGUCGACUCGAUCCGCGCCGGCGCCACGAAACAACCAGCAGAGCAAGAAGCAGCACAAGGGCUCGAAGCGCUUCCGACAGACCGACGAGGAUGCCCUUGUCGAGUCGCUCGCCAUGCGUCCUUUCAACAAUCGGAAGGGGCAGACGUCCAUAACCCAUCUUAUGAACUUUAGCCUGCCGCCGCGCCCCCAGAAUUAUCACCAGUCGCAGGGCAGGAACUACCGGCGAAAUCCUACCUGGGGCCUCGGCUCGGGCUAUCACGCCACUGACAAGGCAAGAUAUGUACACGCCAACUACCGCUUCAUUGUCGACCCGCGCGGCGACUACCGCGCGCAAAGCGUUGAUGCUGAUAUCCACCUGGACUGGAAUAAUGUCUUGCAGAUAUUGGCGUCAACGGUGUCCCAGGAAGCUUCUUGUCCCAUCUGUCUGGGAACUCCGGUAGCCCCUAGAAUGGCCAAGUGCGGCCAUAUAUUCUGCCUGCCAUGUCUUAUACGCUACAUGCACUCGGAAGAAGACGGCAAGGCCCCUGAGAAGAGGGCGCGAUCCAAGAAAUGCCCAUUGUGCUUCGAUACUGUUUACACCUCUGAGACGAGGCCUGUGCGCUGGUACGAGGGACAGGAGGGUGCCCCUCCACGCGAAGGAGGUGAUGUCGUCCUCCGCCUGGUAAUGAGGCCAGCUGGAAGUACGCUGGCCAUGCCUCGCGACGGUGCAGACGCCUUGGGUAAGGACGAGGACGUUCCCUGGAAUUUCGCUGCUGAGGUCAUGGACUACGCGCGAGUCAUGCGAGGCGGGGAGAACUACAUGCUCGAACAAUACGACUCGGAGAUUGAAGAGUUGGAGCGACAGGGCAAGGAAGACGAAGUCAUGUUUGGAGAGGACAACAUGCAGUGGAUGAAGAAAGCGGUUCGCAACAUUCAAGAGGCGAAAGAAAACCUCAAAGGGCUUGGGAACCCUCCCGAAAUGCCUGCUAAACCAGCUGAGCCAAAGGCCAAGAAACCUCUGAUUGUCUACCACGAGGAUGGAAGUACUCCCGAUAUGUAUACGGUGCAACACGCCGCUCGAUCAGGCCACGAUCUUACUUCGGCAUCGACGGAACCUAGUACGGAGGCAGACGUCGGAUCGUCGGAUAGAUCCAGCCUUGGUCAGGGGAAACAGCAAAGAACCAUGUCUACGUCGUCCCACUCUUCGAGAGCAAGUCAUGGCAUUCAAUCAACACUCGCUGAGAUUCGACACCGGCAGCAACACGAGCAUCACAAUACACCGUCCGAGUACUACUUCUACCAGGCGCUCCUCCACUACUAUCUAUCACCAUUAGACAUCAGAAUCCUGAAAGCUGCAUUCGGCGACUUUUCUUCGCUCCCUUCCACUAUCUUGCCCCGCGUUGAACGCGUUUCAACCGGCCACGUCGUCGACGAUGAGCUACGGAGGCGCACAAAGUACCUAGCGCAUCUGCCAUAUGGCUGUGAAGUAAACUUCCUCGAAUGCGACUGGACAGACACAGUCGGGCCAGAAGUCCUCGAACGCUUCAAGCCCGAGAUCGAAAAGAGACGAACAAAGUACCAAGAAAAAGAGACCAGGGAGGAGAAAGCCCGCCAGCGCGCAGAGAAGAUGGAAUAUGCCGAGUUUGCCUCUGCGCGCAGGAAACGCCCCAGCAUAUCGGAGAGAUUCUCCGCAAAUGACUUCCAGCCCCUGGCUUCGAGCAGCGUGUCCGAUGCUCCGCCCCCAGCAGAUGGAGACAGCACGUCGACUUCACCCCCGUGGCCCACGCGUCGCGGCCAAGGCUUCGCGUCGCUCGCCUCGCCUUCAACAAGCCCAUCGGCUGCGCGCACCGUCUGGGGCACGGCUGCUAUAUCCUCCACAUCACCUAAUCUCGGACCCCAGCUGGACCACGACGGCGACGACGGCUGGCUCCAGGGCUGGGAGAAGGAUCUCCUGCAGGAAGAAGACUUGAUUGCCCAGGCGCAGGCUAUGUCGCUCGGUGAAGUAGGGGAGGGCGAGUCUUCGGCGGCGGCGGCGGCGAGGAAACAGGCCCCUGGUGGCAAGAAGAAGAAGAAACAGAAAAUCACGCUUAUGAGCACGAAUGUGAGGCGGGGGGCGUGAUGGGGGAUGUGCGUGUAGAUGGAUGGAUGGAUGGAUGAUAGGGUGGUGGAUUUGUGUUUUCGAUAACUCACUGAGUAGCUUGGCGCGAAAGGUUGUUGUAUGGAAUGGAAUGGAAAUGAUAUGCUC